AACAGAGCAAGCCCGCCCAAGGAGAGCGUGGCAACAAAUGGCUGCAGCCAAUGUGGGAACAACUGCGCAGCUAUUAGAUGCAGAGAUUGCCUUCCACGUCCCUUUCUCUGCGCUGAAUGUGACAUCAGCAGACACAGCAAGGCCUCAGUCCUCCAUAACAGGGAUGCCAUGUGUGCUGGCUUCUUUCAGCCAUUGCCUCCAACCAACUGUGUUGUUGAAAAGGCACUUACAAACUGUGUGUGAUUUUUGCCUAUUGUGAUGCCUGUCAGCAUCUGCAGGUGUCCCCCAGAAGCACUCAGGGUGAUCCAAGGGAAGGCUGUUGCUUUGGUCACAGUAAAUGGACGGUAUGAUCUCAACAUGCCUGAGCUGACCUGCGAGGGAUGCCAGGCAACUUGGACUGCAGGACUUGAUGACCUGAUAAAAAGUGGAUACUGACCUGCCACCCUUCAUUUUGUAACAAUUUAUGAGACAGACCUGUUUUAUACAUUUGAAGACAUGAAGAUGGCAUCACCCGGGAUGUCUUUUCAGGCAUAUCUAAGAAUGCUUGAGAAGCGGACUGCUCGCUUUGGCCGUACUGGGAAGAUCUCAUCAGACAGCUUCCAAAAAAGCUUUUUUGAAUGGGCUGCUGUACAAUAUGAGGUUGACUCCACCUGCAAGGAGGAGAAAUUCAUCUGUCCUGCCUGUACCCCAGCAAUGCUUUCUGUCUCAGUGGAUGGAAACCGCAAGCGUUACCGCUUCAAAAGUACUGCAAGAUAUCAGGAGCGGGCCAUCUUUGACGGUGUCUUCAUUGCAAAAGAUGACGAUGUGACCAGAUUUGUGGAUCACAUCCACAGCAAAAAUAAACAUGUCACUGGAAGGAGCAAUUGUGGUGGGGAGUGGUCAGCUGCCAGAGAGACCUCCCAAAGAUCAAGCAGUAAGGUGGAUGAGGAGGGACUGGAGCUGGCAGUGUGCAGGCAUGAUGUCUUGCUGGCUGCCCUUAAUAUGUUUGUACAUGCUAAAGCGCAUGACUCCAAAUGUGAGGUGAAAUGGAGUGGCACAAACCAAGAAGGUGCUGGUAAAACACUAGGGGAGGAAGUAGAGCAAUGUAAUGCUUUCCUCUCCAGGAUAUCAGUCACCACAAAGCAUAUGUCAAAAUCAGGACGCAAUGACAUGCUGACACUCCUGGCCAUAAGAUGGAACCAGCAGAAAUGUCCAAACCUGGCUACUGGACUUUCUCAGAGAUACCAUAAGACAUCUAAAGCUCUCAAUAUCCCGAUUGGGGACCUGGAAACCCUUUGUGUCAUUUGUGAAGUUGACGCUACCUGCAAUCAGUUUUGUCAGGAGAAAUUGACCUUCAAGGCACACCACAAGCUUUGUGUAAGAAGAUUGAGGCCUUCACAACCAGCAUCAACACGAGAGCUCAACUCCUAUAUCGGAAAAAUGACCGCAACAAAGGCCGACAUAGAAUUCGCUGAAAAAUAAGGCAACAGAAGACCACUUUGAAGGCCAUGGUAGCGGAGUACAACAGUCUCGUUCCAUACGAGCAAGCGGUGUGCAUGGAUAGCGUUCUGGACACAGAACAUCCCUGGCCUUGGCAAAUUACACAGAGUGGUAUGCAUUUCAUGUACUGUGCAUAUUCUUUAGUGG